GCCCCAUUCUCUUUGUGACGAGGAAUCAAAUGUAAGCAUGGCUUCGCAUCUGAUCGAGACCUCAGAGGAGGACAGUUUCUUGGCGGUAGCUCGCUAUAUCGGGGACCUGUUGUCCGAAGGGCAGACUUACACAGCGCUUGCAGACACACCUGGAACUAAGUUCAGCACAGAAUGCGAGGCACUGCUAGCCUCAGGGGACUACUCAAAGCUGUUGGAGCAAUUCGUUUCACAGCUCACCCUCAUUUUUGACAAAGUUCCUGACAAAGCGGCCCUGGACUGCUGUUUGGACAUUGUUGUUCUCACUGUGCCGCGGGUGCCAGAGGGCGAGUGGGCAGCUGCAGCUGCGAAAGUGACAGCAGCCUUCACGGCAGAGGUUGACAGGCACGCGGAGAAGCGGCUCUCAUGCUUGACAGACCUGUUCAAUGCCGUGCCUGAUGCAAAGGUGCAGUACACCAUACUGCUGGAGACACUCGGCUAUGCCAAGAAAGCCGGUCUGGCUGGGCUGCUGGCGCCAGUUGUGAAGGCUAAUGCGGAGUCCUGGGCAAAGAAAUGGAGCCUCAAUGUGGCAGACCGUCGGACUCUGUACUUUGCCUGUGCAGAUGUCCUUCGGAUCAGCAAAAAGAAGAAGGCUGGCCCAUUGGACGCCUACAAGCUGACACUGCAUGCACUCUCCACAUUCCAGGGUGCCAACGCAGCUGAACUCGCUGCCGUGAAGGAUGUUGCCGCGGAGGCCGUUGCAGACUUCAUCAAGUUUCCAGAGCUGUUCCAGUUUGACCUCCUGGAAGCUGAGGCGGUGACACAGCUGGAGAAUGACAAGCAGCAUGCGCCCCUCCACAAGCUGCUGACAUUGCUCCUAACAAGCUCAGAUGUCAAGGGUUUGGAGGCCUUCAACAAGCAGCAUGGAGAGGUGCUGAAGAGCGUUGGAGUGAGCUACGAGGAUCUGCUGGCGAAGGGACGCAUACUGGCACUCCUCUCUCUGGCCUCGCAGUCAGACGUGCUCACCUUCGCUGCCAUCAGGGAGUCCCUGGCGCUGGAAGAGGGGCAGGAGGAGGCAUUUGUAAUCCGAGCCAGUGGCAACAAGCUGCUUGAAGCGCGCAUCGAUCAGCUACGCCGCGUUGUCACCGUCACGAAGAUCGCUCGCCAAACGUUCACUGCUGCCCAGUGGCAGCAGCUGCGUGCGCAGUUGGCUUCCUGGAAGGAUAAUGUGUGGAGUGUGAAGGACCUUGUGAACACUCAGAAGGAUGAUGGCCUCAGCCGUGGGGUGCCCACGUCUGCCCCAGUGCGUGCCUAGUUUUUGUCUGCUUUCUUUUUGUCUUGUAGAACAUUUGACCCCUCUUGGGAUGGCAGGAAUACCACAUGUAAGAGCCUCUGACUCUGUC